AUGGCGUUGGUAAACUAUGAUGGAUCAGAUAUGUCAGAUUCUGAAACUGAAAAUGAAUCAGCCCGCGAGAAAACUUCAAUGAGUUCUGCAGGUUGUUCUAGUAGAGGGAUGGACUUUCAAGACAAAGUCGAGGAAGAGUAUAAAAUGAGGAUGCCAAAGAACGCGAAGCCAUUUUUGGAACCCUUGAAUAUUCAGAAGAAGGCGGGAGUGAAUGGGAAGGUUAUUUUAACCAUACCUACCAUCGAGGAAUUAAAUUCCUCUGACGAUAGUGAUUCUGAUGACUCCGGGAGUGUUAAGAAAUCUCGGGUGCCAAUUGGACCUACGUUACACAAAGGCCUAUUGGAUUUACUUCCCCCAACUCGUGCCCUUAUCGUUAAGGAGGGGGACAAGCCGAUUAUUCCAUCUCUCCUUGUACCAAAACAGGCUGUUCGGAAAAUUCCAGCUAAGCCUGCUCCCCAGAAUCCUCUUCCCUUAACAGAAUCAUAUCCAGGGGUCAUUGAUACGGAAGAUGAUCCGACCUCUCCUAAUGGAUUCUUUAGUUUUAACGACAAUCAGGAUGAUUCAGUCCUUCCCUCCACCACGGAAGAAGCCCGUCGGAGGGCAAGAGAAAGUGUUCUUGCUACUGAAGCAGCGGCAGCGAGCAGGUUUACUCCUCAAGCAACAGCUCCUUCCUCACAAGAACUUCCGCCAUUGGAAGAGAAACCCUUCAAGGACUGGCAGCUUCCAAAAAGACCGCGCAUGGAGCAUGAAGAAGGUGCAGGUAGUGAGGAGGAAGCUGAGGAGGCGGAAGACAUGGGACCUAUGUUUACGGCCGAGACGUUUAUCCCUGGCCCCGAGCGUAAACGGGCGCGGCUGAGUCGUAGUGGAGUUAGCGCCAUGUCCGUAGCCGAUUUGCUUGCCGCCUCAGGCGGAGCAAAAGUGAGGGAGGUGCGCGCAGACGACCUGACUGCAGGUGCCAGCCUAGAGCUGCUUAAAAACAUUACUACUGCACGUCCAAAGAUGGAACCGCAACAGCACCUGGUCAAUAAUCCGGGCAAAUUGGCCUUCCGCAAGCACCAAAUCACCUGGCUCGCGUAUAAGGCACAAGAACAGGAGUAUGAGUUGCAGGAGCAGUGGGCGGAGGCACGGCGGAACCAAGCACAAAGUCGACAGAAGUAUGGGUUUUAA